CAAAAGUGUCGCACGUGUGUGAUCAGCAACAGCAAGCAUCUGAUUGAUAGUUCGGAAAAUACAGAAAUUGCUCUGAUGGGGUUCAAAGGCAAGCAGCGGCCAGGUAAAUUCAAGCCAAAGAAGAAGAAUGGGCCCAAAACUCGCCGAGACUUGAGGAAGGAGAAGAGGCAGGAGAAGAAGUCAAAAAGGCGGCAACACAUGUUCAACAAGUCUAAUCAAGGUAAAGAGAGGAUGCUACCGGUUCAAGUUGAGGAGGAGGAAAUCCCUUCCGAUGUCGAAGACGAGGAAAAUGAAGACCAUGUCCUACCUAGCGAACCAAAGACGAAAGAAGUCAAAACAGGGUUGGAGAAAAAGCCACUGAAAAAGAAGAAAAAAGAUGAUGAUGAGAAGAAUUUAAUGGAUUUCCAAAAGGAAAAGGUCAAAUUAGAAAUGGAUAUGGAAAAACGCAGAAUUGAGCAGCUCAGAGAGGCCAAUGAGGAGGAGGAUAGAAACAUUAAGUCUUUGGAGAAGCUGAUGAAAAUGAAUAAGAGAAAAUCUAAGAAAUUGCCCAAGGCGUUCGUCGAUGAAGGAUUGGAUUAUUUGCUAGAGGUUUGUGACCCAACCCGGCUUUCAGCGAUGCAGAAAACUCCUGAUUUGCUAGAGUCGGAUUCAGACGAGUUUGAUGAAGAUUUUGCCGAAGUCACAGGAGAGAGACCCAAAAAAGAAAAAAACAAAGCUCAGCCAAAAUCUGAAGAUAAGUCUGAGGAAAUGAGUGGAGAGGAAUGUGAUGAAGAAGAGGAUGAUGAAGAAGAAGAUGAUGAAGAGGAGAGCGUUGCGGAUGAGGAAGAGGACGAGGAAUUUGGCAGCAUGGAAGAAGACUUUUCAGAGGGCGAACUUGAAGAGGAAAUGCCAGCAUCACCUAAAAGUGAAAAAGCUCAAAAAAGAGUCAAGUUUGCAGAUGAGGAAGAAACUCAAGCAAAGAAAGUAAAAAUCGACGAUGCUCCUGAUGAGGAUGGCGAGGAGGAUGAAGCAGAAAAAGAGGAAGAAACUUGGGAAGACAUUUACGGACGAAUCCGUGACAAGAAAGGAAACGUUCUGCAGGGUGUUCAGGGGAAAUACAUCCCUCCUGCCUUAAGGGCGAGCACGACAGACUCGGUAAAACUGGCUAGAUUGAAGCGGCAGAUGCAGGGUCUGCUGAACAGAGUUGCCGAGAGCAACAUGGCCAGCGUGGCUUCGCAGAUGGAGCAAAUCAUUUUGUCCAACAGCCGUGGCGACGCCAACCAGGUCUUGGUGCAACUUCUGCACGCCCUGGCCCCAGCCGGGGCAGUCACGCCCGCCAGGAUGAUUGCAGAGCACGCCCUCCUGCUGGCUAUUUUACACGCUCACAUCGGCGCUGAAGUCGGUGCUGCGUUCUUGCAAUCCACUGUCGAAAAGUUUGACGAGUGCUACCUCAGCAAAAAAGAAGUUGAGGAUAAAACGCUGAAUAACUUGCUGCAGAUCUUGUGUUUUAUGUAUUGCUUCAAGAUGUUUCACUGCACGCUUCUGUUUGACAUUCUGGACCGUUUCGGCAACAGUUUUGAAGAAAAAGACGUUGAGCUGAUUCUGUUAGUUUUAAAGACCGUGGGCCCUUCUCUCAGGAAAGACGAUCCCGCUGCUUUGAAAAAUGUUAUCAUUCAGCUGCAGAAACAAGCGUCAUCAUGCAAAGCGGAAAAUUCUCGUGUGGCGUUUAUGAUGGACAUUCUGCUUGCAAUCAAGAACAACAACAUGUCUAAGAUUCCUGAUUAUGAUCCUGACCUGGUGGAUCGGCUGAGAAAAUUGCUGCGGGCCCUUCUGCGGUCAGGCUCGUCGGUGUCUGAGCUAAAGAUUUCGUUGAAAGACCUCCUUAAUGCCCAAAAGCAGGGCAAGUGGUGGGUGGUUGGAUCAGCGUGGCAAGGCGCUGGCCCAGGAGAAAAGUCGACUUCAACUACAACAAAUUCCUCUGAGUUCAGCCAGAAGCUCUUGGAACUGGCCAGGAAGCAGAGAAUGAACACAGACUUGAGGAGAAACGUCUUUUGCAUUCUUAUGUCUGCUGAGGACUUUAUUGAUGCCUUUGAGAAAGUGCUGCACCUUGGCGUGAAAGGUCAGCAGGAGAGGGAAAUUCCUUACGUCAUCCUGCACUGCUGUCUGCAAGAGCAGACUUUCAACGCUUACUAUGCGCACAUUUCCCAGAAAUUCUGUGAUUACGACCGACGCUUUAAGAUGUCGAUUCAAUGCUCCAUUUGGGACAAAAUCAAAGAACUGGACACCAUGACGAAAUCUCAAAUCAGAAAUCUGGCUUCUUUCACUUCAUUUUUGGUGUUGAACGGCGGGUUAACACUGGCUGUGUUGAAGGUCAUAGAGUUUUCCGACUUGGACAAAGUCCACGUGAAAUUCAUCCGACAAGUUCUGCUGAAGCUCCUGCUGACCAGCAAGGAGGAGGAGUGCAUAGGAGCAUUCACCAGGGUGCCAUCUUCCCCGCAGUUGGCGCUGUUCAAGGAGGGAAUGCGUCUCUUCCUUCACCGCUACAUCCUAGGAAGCAGCAAGGCCGCCUCGGAGAACAAGUUGCUAAAAGACAGAGUGCCCAAGGCCGAGCGCGCCUUCAUCCACCCAGACAGCAAAGUCAGGUUCUGAGAGGUAAGAUCGCAAGACUUUAUUUUAUAUUUUACUCGGGGUACACAACAGGUACACGCUAGGAGUUUGUUAACUAAGACUAAUGUUACAUUGGUCCUUAACUCACUAUUUGAUGUGCGUAACUCUGGCUGAAUGAGGCGUGUUUGUGCGCGUGACUCGCACUCGAGUAAAUAUACAUCGAGACAAAUAAAAGUUUGUAUAUGGUUACAAGAA